GAUAUGAUUUUUAUUGUAUUGAGUGAAUCUUAUAAAUAGAAGGGGAAGAAUGUAUCACCGCCAUCAAUAAUAUAUUGUAUAUCACAUUAAUCAUGGAUCAAUUAACUGAAUUAUAACGACGCACCUAAUAAUAUAUGUUUAUCUUAUUUAUUAUAUAUCUAUGUUACUAUAUUCGCUUUAGUUGUGUUUGGCCAUACUCUAAUAACUAAUAAAGAUUACUUAAAAAUACUUCUGUAUUAUUUUGGAUACAAAAUAUUAAUGAGCUUAAUAAUUUUUUAACAUGGCUUCAAAAAGAACCAGUGAAAGGCAAAAAAACAGAUGUGAAAUUCAAAAUCAAAAUAGGUCUCAAACCAAAAAACAAUCAAGUUCCAAAUAUUAUGUCAGAAAUCUUCAACCUAGUACAAGUUCUGAAAUUCAUAUCAAAGAUUAUGGUAAUAAAGAUAAUGUUGAGAAUAAUAAAAUUGUAUUGAAAAAUGAUUUAAAAAAAAAGUAUUUUGGAUACAAACGUUUAGAAGAAUUGUCUGAAAAAGAUCCAUCUGAAAUAGUUUUUAUUAUUUUCAGCUCUAAUGGAUUUUUAGACUUAUUCAACUUAAAUAAAGAGCCUGACUGGCUAUUUUUAAUUAUAAAAGUAGUUGCAAAGAUAUGUGCUACUGAAUAUGAACAGAGCAAACUUGCAAUACUAAAAGAAACAAUAAAUGUUAUUUUUAUAAGUCAUUUAAAAACAUAUAUAUUAGUAGCACCUACUGAGAAUAAUCAAAAAAGAAUUAAAAACAUGAAUGAUUUUUUUAAUAACUGUUUGUUAGUUUUUGAAUCCAUUACUAAUUUUUUUCCAAAAACAGCAGUUGAAAGAUUACAAGAUGUUGUUAUAAGUUCAAGUAUAGCUUUAAUGGGUAUAAAAAUGUAUCGUCAUGAAAUUUUCAUGAAUGAUUUAAUUGUUGAUAAAAUGAACAAACUUCUUGAAAAGAUUAAAGACAUUAUUCUUACUAAAGAGGUUAAAAAAGAAGAAAAGUUAGUUCUUGAUAACAUUGUGCAACUUUCAACUCCACCUGAAAAUUUUAGAGAAUUGUCUGUUUUUCCAACAGUAGCUGAUAUUGAUGGGGAGGGACCAUUUUUAAGACCAAAUGUUAUCAAUGGAUCUUACCAUAGCAUUGAACAUUAUUUAGAUGUUCAAUUUCGUCUUUUACGAGAAGAUUUUGUUGCUCCUCUCCGGGAAGGAAUUCAGUUUUAUAAGAAAAGCUUAAAAGGAAGUACUUUGGAUAAAAAACAAAAACGAAUUAACAAUAUACGUAUUUAUCACAAUGUUCAAUUUGAAGAUAAAGGAAAAUUUGUCCAAGAUAAAUAUGGAUUUGUUUUGAAUUUCAAUAAAAAAAAAAAAAUAAGAGUCAACUGGGACAUAUCCAAACGAUUUAUGUUUGGCAGUUUACUAUUAUUUAGUUCAGAUAAUUUUAUUUCAUUUUUUAUAGGAAUAGUUUUAGAUCGAAAAAUAGAUCAAUUAAAAGAAGGAAUAUUAAUUGUUGAGUUACUACAAGACAUAAGACCUGCAUAUUUUUCAAAUUAUACAAUGAUUGAAAGUGAAGUAUUCUUCGAACCAUAUAAGUGUACCAUGGAAGCUUUAAAAAAUAUGUAUUCUGACAAUUUUCCUAUGGAAAAGUACAUUAUUUUUGCUGAAAAAAUUGUAAAUUAUCCAAGUUAUAUUAACAGUUUACCAGUAAGUAGUUAUUGUGUGGAUUCUUUGCAACCGUUUGAUGUUUUAAAUGAUAAUUCUUGGCCAUCGAAACAUGAAUUAAAACUUGAUGAAAUGCAGUAUGAAGCAUUUAAAGCAGCUUUACAAAAUGAGUUAGUUAUAAUUCAAGGUCCACCUGGUACUGGAAAAACAUUUAUUGGUUUAAAGAUAAUGAAAACUUUAAUUGAAAAUUUAUACAUAGCUAACAAUCUUACUAAACCAAUUUUAGUGGUAUGUUUCACAAAUCAUGCUCUUGAUCAAUUUAUGGAAGGAAUUAUACAAUUUACACAACAAGUUGUUAGAAUCGGUGGGCAGUCCAAAUCAGAAUUAGUACAACACUAUAGUUUGAUAAAUAUUACUCGAAAGUACCGAAGAACUGUUAAUGUAUCUAGAAGUCUUAGAGAAAUAAAUGAUACACUGAAAUUUACAAUGCGUGAAAUAAAUUAUUUUCGAGUUUGUAGCGAAGAAAUUUCUAAUAAUGGCGGUAUUUUAGAUUUGACUUUACUGAAAAAUGGUAUACCACUAAAAUACCAUAACUUUUUCAUAACACCUUUAGAUUUACUUUCAUGGUUAUUUCAAGAUUUUACUUAUUUUAAUAGUGAUCCUAUUGUUUAUUUAAAAGAAAUAAGCCAAAAUUCAUCAUCGAGUGUUCCAAACAAACAAAAAAUAAUGAAUAUUAAUAUUUUGAAUGAAGAAGAUAUUGAUGAUACUAUGCAGUAUAAAACAGAUGAUCCUGAUUUAAUGGCAUCAAUGUUGGAUAAUGAACAUAUUGCUAUUUACUGUCUGACAUUAAAAAAAUUACUAGAAGAUUAUCAAAAUUUUCAAUUAGAUUUUAAAGAAUUACAGCUUACAGCAGAAAGAAAUUAUACAUAUUAUAAUAAAGUAGAGGAAGCACAAAUUAAUCUCAGAGAAAUAGAAAACAUCAUUGGAUACUUUAGAGAUAUGUUAAAAUUAGUAUAUCUUAAUCAGAAAGUAUCAAAAAUAACAAACGAUUUAAAUUCCUUAAAUAUAGGAGAUAGAUGGUUGAUGUAUUUUAGUUGGGUGAAAGAAAUAAAAUUCAAAUUUUCUAAUAAAAUAAUGUUACUUGAAAAAUACUAUAAAACUUUAUAUAAACAAUAUGUUGAGUUAAAAGAAAUUGAGAACAUUGAAAUGUUGAAUAAAAUGCACGUUGUUGCAAUGACAACAACUGGAGCAGCAAAACAUAGAGUAUUGCUUGAGGGAUUGCAAUCACCAAUAGUUGUUAUUGAAGAAGCAGCUGAAGUUUUAGAAGCACAUAUAAUAUCAUCCCUGACUCGUUAUUGUGAACAUUUAAUAUUAAUUGGUGAUCAUAAACAAUUACGUCCAAGUAAUGCUGUCUAUAAACUAGCAAAAGACUAUAAACUUGAUAUCAGUUUAUUUGAACGUAUGAUUAAUAAUGAUGUACCAUGUUAUGCACUUGGCGAACAACAUAGAAUGAGACCAGAAAUAUCAUCUCUCAUCACACCAACAAUUUAUGCCACACUAAAAAAUCAUAUUUCAGUUUAUGAUAGAGAACAUAUUUUAGGAGUUACAAAAGAUUUAUUUUUCAUUAAUCAUAAUAAUUUUGAAAAAGAAGUUGAAGAAAUAUCAAGCAAGAGUAAUGACCACGAAGCAAAAUUUUUGAUAAUGUUUGCAAGACAUUUGAUUUUGCAAGGCUACAACUCCAGUCAAGUUACAAUCUUAACUACUUAUAGUGGUCAAAUGUUUCAAUUAAGAACACUACGAAAAAUGCAUCCUAUUUUAAAAGGUCUUAAGAUUAUAGUAGUUGAUAACUAUCAAGGUGAAGAGAAUGAUAUAAUAUUACUAUCAAUGGUACGAAGUAAUGAAAUGGGUAAUGUAGGAUUUCUGAAAAUUGAAAAUAGAAUAUGUGUUGCAUUAUCAAGAGCGAAAAGUGGACUCUAUAUUAUUGGUAACAUGAAUAAUUUAUAUGAUUCUGGUGAAUUAUGGAAAAGUAUUAAAGCAAUAUUAAUUGAACAAGAUUCUUAUGGUGAUGAAUUGACACUUGAAUGCGCAAUUCAUAAAGGUGUAUACACAAAGGUGUCGAAUUGUGAUGAUUUCAAUUCAAUUAUUGAAGGAGGUUGUAGUAAUUUGUGUAGAUCACUAUUGACAUGUGGUCAUUAUUGUACCAGUAUCUGUCAUCCUUAUAACAGAGAACAUUUAGAUUUCAAAUGUAGAGAGUCAUGUAACAGGAGUUGCAAUUUUAAUCAUUUAUGUAAGAAGCAAUGUUUUGUUGACUGUGGAGAUUGUUCUGAACUUGUAUUAAAAGAACUCCCAUGUGAACAUACAGUAAUACUUCAAUGCUCAAUAGAUUCUUCUAAUUAUCAGUGUCAAGAAGAAGUUCUAGUAAAAUUAGAUGUAUGUGGCCAUGAAAUUAAAAAAAAAUGUUUUGAAGUUGACCCAAAAUGUACAAUUAAAUGUUAUGAUCGACUGGAUUGUGGACAUUCAUGUAUACUUAAUUGUCACAAAAAUGAUGAUCCUAAUCACGAAAAAUAUUUAUGUUUAAAAAGAUGUGAAAAAAUAAAUAAAAACUGUGAGAGUAUUCAUAAAUGCAAUAAACGUUGUUAUGAAGAAUGUGCAUCCUGUGUAGUAAAAAUAGAUAAAAAUUUGCCAUGUGGUCAUAUAAGACAAAAUAUUCCAUGUGGAUUAAGUGUUGAUAAAAUAAAAUGUUUUCUACCAUGUACACGUAUGUUAAGUUGUGGGCAUAAAUGUAAAUUAAAAUGUUCAAAUAAAUGUGGAUUAUGUAAGUUCUUGGUUUCAAAGAUUAUUUCUGACUGUGGUCAUAAAGUUACAUUAGAAUGUAGAAUUAAAGCUGAACGAAAGUAUUGUAAUGAAGUAUGUAAUCGAAAAUUACCAUGUGGUCAUAUGUGUAAAGGUCGAUGUGCAGAAGACUGUGAUUCUCAGAACUGUAAAGAAAUAGUAUUUGUUGGCUUUAAAAAUCUUAGUUGUGGUCAUAACAAAUUAUGGAUGCUAUGUUGUGAUCGAAAUAAAGAUUUUAGCGCUGAUAGUGAGUAUCUUUUAGAUAAAUGUCAAGAAAAAUGUUCAGAAAAAUUAAUUUGUGGUGAUAUAUGUUCUGGUACUUGCGGUAAAUGUAAACAAGGUCGCUUACAUGUACCAUGUGAACAAAAAUGUAAUAAAGUGAAUGUUUGUAAUCAUACUUGUAAUUUUCCUUGUAAGAUGCAGUGCCCACCUUGUAAUCAAAAUUGUUCUUUUGCUUGUAUUCACUCUAAAUGUACACGUAAAUGUGGCAUGCCAUGUGUUCCAUGUCAAGAAAAUUGUGAGUGGAAGUGUGAACAUUUAAAAUGUACAAAAAAAUGUGGUGAUAUAUGUAAUCGUCAUCCUUGUUACAUAGGAUGUAAAGUUUUGCUGAAAUGCGGGCAUAAAUGUAUUGGAUUUUGUGGUGAACCUUGCCCUCCAUUUUGUCGUGUUUGCCAUAAAGAAGAAAUUACUACAAUUGUAUUUGGGAAUGAAGAUGAACCUGAUGCAAGAUUUGUUUACUUAGAGGACUGUCAACAUUCUAUUGAGUCUAAUGCUUUAGAGCAGUGGUUAAAUCAACAAGAUGAAGAAAUUUCUAUGAAACUUUGUCCACUAUGUAAGACUCCAAUCCUAAAAACUCAACGAUUUAUGAACAAAAUAAAAUUAAUUUAUCUUGAUAUUUCAAAAAUCAAAAAAAAAAGUUUUGGAAAUAGUGGGUUAAAUUAUUUUCAGAAAAACGAAAGUCUUAUAACUUCCUUGGAAACUAUAGAUCGGAAAUUUGAUUCAAUGAUAGUUGGUAAUGCAAAUGAUUACGUUGAUAUUAAAAAAAAAUGGAACAUAAUAAUUUCAUCUAUAUUUAAAAAUAACAGUAAAUACAAGACCAAGGGUCCUAUGUCAUUGAAAGUUAUCGAAUCUUUAGACUUCACUUUAAAUGUUUUUAAAUCUAUAUCCAAUUACAAAGAACGUGUCAUUAAAAUAAAAGAUAACAGUUAUAAGAAAAAUAUUAUUGAUUAUUUUGUGUGGUUGCUUAAUGUAUGUUUUAGUUAUGCUAAACGAUUAUCCAAUCAGCAAAAAUUAGAUAUAAACCUAGAAAUGGUACGUGCUUUAAGGGUAGUUAUGUUAUAUGAAGUACUUGACAACACAAAUUAUAGAGCAUGCAUUGGAUUACAAUCUACUUUAUCUAUAGAAGUUCAAAAGAUUAUGGAUGAUAUUAAAAUAAUAAUAUUAACUAGUCAUAGGUACAGUAAUGAGAGAGAUAAGACAGUACAAGCUUUAUUGAAUACAAUUGAAGAAAAAUUAAAAGGCGUUUCAAUAAUUACUGAGGAAGAGAAAAAAAUGAUACACCAAGUUAUGUCUAGGACAUUUUAUGGUGGAACAAAAGCUCAAGGCCAUUGGAUGAAAUGCAAAAAUGGGCACAUCUACUGCAUUGGGGAGUGUGGAGGUGCUAUGGAAAAGUCUAUAUGUCCUGAAUGUAAAGUUGAAAUAGGUGGUACUAAUCAUACCUAUGUAGAAGGAACUACUGUAGCUACUGAAAUAGAUGGUGCACGUCAUUUAGCAUGGAGUGCAGGAAAUAACAUGGCUAAUUAUGGAAAUAUUUUUUAAUUAAUUUAAAUAAAAAAACUAUUUAAAAUUUACUCAAUAAAUUUCAUUAAAUUUUUUUUAUUGUAAUUAUAUUAAUGUACUGGUUUUAUCAUAGGUACUGAUUUUUGUUUUUUUUUAUUUUAAAGUUUUUAAAUUAAUAUUCAAAUAUAUAUGAAUAAUUUGUACUAAUAACAAAUGUUGAACUUUCAUUUAAUUUAUUUGUAGUUAAUGAAUGUUUGAAGUUAAAAAUCUAAAAUGGUUAGAAUUCAAAACAACUCAUAAUG